CUCUUCUACUGUAGUAUUACAUUGCAAGGAGUCAGCUUCUCAUACCACAGCUCUCUGAGAUGCACCCUCCAGAUGAUUAUUUAAGAACUAGGAGGAGCAGGCAUGCAGAAACUGUUUAACAGAAAGGCACUCAAGACGCAUUACUUAAGCAAAUGGUCAAAAUCAUACUUUUCAGGAUACACUGAAGUUUACUCUUAGAAGUAGGAUUCCAGCACUGAAGAACAAAAAAAACCAAAAAAAACAAGACUGCCACCAGCACAGGACUAUAAGGAUUACAGUGACAUCCACUCAUAAGGAAAGAAAGAUAGCUUGCUGUUCCUUGCACAACGGAAAAAAUGAAAGACCGCCUGCAAGAACUUAAACUGCGAGCAAAAGAACUGCAGCUAGCUGAAGAGAACAGCUGUGCACCUGAGGUGAAAGACGACCACCAAGUAGAGUUGGAACAGCAAGCUAUUAUUUAUGAGAAAGAGCCCAUAACUGAGAGGCACCUAAAUGAAAUCCAGAGACUUCAGGAUGAGAUUAGUAACUUGGCAGAGGAUGUUCAAAAGUUUGGUCAGCAGCAGAAAAGCCUCGUGUCCUCAAUGAGAAGGUUCAGUGUUCUUAAAAAGGAGUCCAACAUUACAAGAGAAAUAAAAAUUCAAGCAGAGCAUGUAAGUAAAUGCUUGGAUGAACUAUCAAAAACAGUGAAGAAGUCUGAAAGUGAACACGGGCCAUCUUCUGCCAUUGUAAGAAUCCUUACAUCUCAGCAUGCGUUCCUUUUCCAGCGUUUCCAGAACACCAUGUUUUCAUACAAUGAUGCUAUAACAGCCAAGCAGGAGAAAUGCAAGACAUUCAUUUUCCGCCAGCUUGAUGUGGUUGGGAAAGAGGUCUCCGAGGAAGAAGUGAAUGAUAUGCUUCAACAAGGAAAAUGGGAGAUUUUCAAUGAAAAUCUGCUUACUGAAGUCAAAAUCACUAAAGCUCAACUAUCAGAGAUUGAACAAAGACACAAAGAACUGGUCAAUCUGGAGAACCACAUCAAAGACUUAAAGGAAUUGUUUAUCCAGAUCUCACUUCUGGUGGAGGAACAAGGGGAAAUUAUCAACAACAUUGAAAUGGGUGUAAACAAUACUCAAGAUUAUGUUCAAACAUCAAGAGAGAAGUUUAGACUUGCAGCCAAGUAUAGAAAGAGAAACCCUUGUAAAGCAAUAUGUUGCUGGUGUUGUCCAUGCUGCAGAUAACAAAAAGGGAUGAUUCUCAACAUUCACAGGCUACUGUUUUGCCAGCAGAACUUUUGAAGCAGUUCUGUGGAUUCCAUUUACACUUCAGUUUGUCUCUGUUUACUCUCCCCACCUCGAGGGCUCUUUCCUUCAACUUCUGUGCAUCUCACGCUCAAAAGGGAAAAAAAAAUCCUCUCUGAGCUCCUGCAAAUGGCUCUUCCUGGCAGAACUAGAGAAGUAGUACCUAGGGAUUCUCAGCAGUUUGUCUGCUUCUGAUAGGUUGCGGUAGAAGUGUUAUAUUGGAAGCACAGAUGAAGUGGAAAGAUCGCCUUUUCUGAUCCUACCAACCCAGAGUGAUCCUGCUUUAAAAGAGGUUGUCCAGUGGAGCUGGUGGAUUAUCACAGUGACCAGUGUGAUAUAAGCACAAGGUCUAGGAGGUUCUGCCAGCGGUGCUGGGAAGUAUUAACAGUAUUGCAAAGCCAAACAUUCAGAAGUCAUGUGUCGGGCCCCCAGAACCAUGAGACUGGCUUACUUAUAUUUU